AUGUCUUCCCGCCCACCCUUCGACGCGACGGCGUCGUUCAAGUACACGGAGUCCCCGAAUCCGGCGUGGAAGCUCGGCGAUGGUCUGCAGGCCACGAACCCGCAGGCAGAACAGUGGAAGAAAGACGAGCAGAAGGGCUGGAAGACUUGGGACAUGGAUAAGACGCCGUCGCGGGACAGAUACAAGUUGCUGACGAGCGCGAUUGGACCACGCCCGAUCGCGUUCGUAUCUUCCCUGUCAGCGGACGGCGUCCCAAACCUUGCUCCCUUCAGCUACUUUUCAAUGGUUGCAGAUAACCCACCGCUAAUCAGCAUCGCCUUCACCCUGCCGCAAGUGAAGCCGAAAGACACCAGAGAUAACAUCAAGGCGACGAAGGAAUUCACGGUCAACAUCAUCAGUGAGCCGUGGAUCGAAGCUGCCAAUGUCUGUUCUGUAGAUGCGCCGCCGGAGAUCGACGAAUGGAUCCUAAGCGGAUUGACGAGGGUGCCUAGCGACAUUGUGAAGCCGCCCCGGGUGAAGGAGAGCGCUGUCAGCUUGGAGUGCGAGCUUUUCCACUUCCAGGACAUCUGUCCGCCAGGGUCCGAUCUGGUGACCAACUCAUUCAUCCUGGGGCUCAUCAAGAGAGUGCAUAUUCGAAACGCAGUGCUCGCUGAAGGGGGCAACACCGUCGAUCCGGAGAAGCUUCGGCCUGUUGCCCGGUUCGGUGGGCAGACGUACGCCAGGCUGGGUGAUGGCUUCGAACUGUCCAGACCGGCGUGGAAGGACAUCGCGGACGCCGUAGAAGGGCUGACUAGUCAAGUCAAUGGGAAGGCAUGA